CUGCUUGUGUCGCCAUGGUGACGGGGCUGUGCCAGGGAGGUUGUGAUGGGUUGACAGGUGCGUGACAAUCGGGGCUCUCUGCAAGCAUGUACGCCAAAGGCAAGAGCAGCAGCGUGCCGUCCGACAGCCAAGCCAGAGAAAAGUUAGCAUUGUAUGUGUACGAGUACUUGCUGCACGUGGGAGCACAGAAGUCUGCACAGACGUUCUUAUCAGAGAUCCGAUGGGAGAAAAAUAUCACAUUAGGGGAGCCUCCGGGGUUCCUUCACUCUUGGUGGUGUGUGUUUUGGGACCUGUACUGUGCUGCUCCAGAGAGAAGAGACACCUGCGAACACUCGAGUGAGGCCAAGGCUUUCCAUGACUAUAGCGCUGCAGCUGCCCCCAGCCCUGUCCUCGGCAGUCUGCCCCCAGGAGAGGGCAUGCCUGUGGGUCCUGUACCACCAGGAUUCUUUCAGCCCUUUAUGUCACCUCGUUAUACUGGAGGACCCAGACCACCCCUCAGAUUACCAAGUCAGACACUGGGAGGGGUCCCUGGAGGCCAGCCAAUGCUACCAAGUGGAAUGGACCCAACGAGACAACCAGGACAUCCCAAUAUGGGCGGCCCAAUGCAGAGGAUGACCCCGCCCAGAGGCAUGGUCCCCCUGGGGCCACAGGUAAAAGACCUCAUGCUCGAUAACUAUGGCAGUGGCAUGAGACCACCUCUCAACGCCCUGGUUGGGCCUGGUAUGCCGGGUAUGAACAUGGGACCUGGGGUGGGGAGACCAUGGCCAAAUCCUUCAAACACUAACUCCACACCUUACUCAUCAGCAUCCCCUGGGAGUUAUGUGGGACCACCAGGAGGGGGGGGUCCGCCUGGAACACCUAUAAUGCCCAGUCCAGCAGAUUCAACAAACUCUGGGGAUAACAUGUACACACUGAUAAACACAGCUCCCUCUAGUGGAGGCAGAACAAAUUUUCCAAUGGGGGCUGGGGGCGAGGGUCCUUUGAGUGGCAUGGCAGGAAUGGAGUCUCAUCACAUCAAUGGUUCAUUAGGGUCUGGUGAUAUGGACAGUUUGCCCAAGAACUCCCCUGGUAACUUGAGUAUGAGCAACCAACCAGGAACUCCAAGAGAAGAAGGAGAAAUGGGCGGGAAUUUCCUUAACCCUUUUCAAAAUGAGAGUUACUCUCCAAAUAUGACGAUGAGUGUGUGAGAAUCUGUGGAGGAGUCUUGGGAUGGGAGCAGUGCAGAGACCAGAUGUCAUUUAGACCAGAGUCCACAGCAUACUGAGCUUCAUCUUCCUCUGGACUACAGACACUGUCCCCAUCAUCUGUACGACAUGUCAGGUCCAAUACAGAGACAGUAUCCAGGAACCAAACGGAACCAAAUGGGACCUAAUGGAACCCAAUGGGAGUGAAGGGGGCUCUUUGUAUAUUUCUAUUCAGUGUGUAUGUGACUGUUGAUACACAAUUCAGGCUUUUUUUUUAAAUAUAACUGCCAAGUUCAAGUCAAUAACAUAUUCUGCAUCCUCGUGUUGGUCUUCUUUGUUUUUGUUUUUUUUGUUUUUUUUUGUUUUUUUUACAAUACCACAAACAUUCAGCCAUGUUCAUAUGUUAUUGUGCAUUCUGGGAUAUUUGUGUGACAGUAAAAGUUUAUUUUUAAAAGGUGCACUAUGUAACUUUUUUGGCAAGGUCCACCUGCUUGUCUCCAUGGAGAUUUUUUUUUAUUUCCCUAGAAUUUUCCAGAGAAUGGAACUAAAUUUAUAAUAAUCUUUAUUGCUCAAAAUUACGUUGAAAAACACUUUUAUUGUGAGUGGGGUAAUUUCUUAACAGAUUUUAUUUCUGUUAGUAUGGUGAUAUCACCUUCUUGUAUCCAUAGUAAUAUAUACAUUGAAUGCUAUAGUGCGAAACAUUCCAUGCAAAACAAUAACAUCUCCAUGGAGAAAAGCUGGUAGUAGACCCACCUCUAAAAAAGUUAUAUAGUGCCCUUUAAAAUUUCUUUUGUUACACAUUUUUUGUCAUAAUUUCAGAUGGAUAGCAUGGUCACAUGGUUGUUUUUGAGAGAAAUGUCUAAACUGAAAAUCUGCAUACCCCAAUUUAUUGCCCAAACUGCUACAAGUAUUGACAUCGUAAUUCACUGGAAGACUAUGAUGCCAGUUUUAUCUACUGUCAAUCUCGCUUGUUGCAUGAUUUACAUUUACCAUAACAUGGGCAAAAAUAUAAAACUGUAAGGAGAAUUUGGUGUAUUUAUUGCAACUGUGAACUUGCCAUAUGAGCAUUUUGUUUUGUAAAAAUAUUUGAUGGCAUUUUUGACAUGGCAUUUUUAAUAUGUUUAAUAUGUUUUUUUCUCUAUCCUGGAUGUAACAUGGUUGUGUACAUAGGGUCAAUAUAACCCCUCCUGCAAAGUGUACAGCUCACAAAUGUAGCUCUUUUGUCUCUAAUGUGUAUUUGAUUUUAUUUAAAAACAAACUGGAUAGAAACUGAAGGACAGACAUGGCCCAUUCUCAGUAGCUCAAUUUUCUUUACAUUUCAAGCCAUAAAGGAUGCAGUUGUAAAUAGUGUUAUGUUUCUUUAGUGUUUAUGUGGAACUGCAUUUGUGAUGUGUUAUGUUUCCCUUUUUUAUUCUUGUAUUAUGUUUUUGUACAUACACACAGUACUUCAUGGGUUCUGAAUAUGCCGGUAUAAAGUUUUGUUUUUUUUCCCUUAAGUAUAUGUGCUGUCAAUUUCACUGCAGAGAUUAAGUGCUACUAGGCCUCAGACAUUAUGCCUUUAUUGAUCUUUAUUGUGAUUUCAAAGGGUUUAACGUAAUUUACAUGUUUAGUAACAGUGACAUCUUCAUCUUACAGCAGAAGAGACCUUGCCCCAAGUACAUGUUGAUAAACAGAAGUUUCCAUUU